CAGUGGGAGUUGUAGUCUUUAGCUUCACUUGCUGCCGCGGCUCCACACAGCGACAGCAAACAUGGACGUCACAUGUGAGAGAAUGACCUAAACAUGAUCCUUCCAGCUUUCUGUGGGACGAACCAGAACCAGCACAGAGCGGAGGGCAGACCGGCGGCAUGACAGAGGAGAAAUGUCCCCAGCUGGUGGACUACUUUGUAGUGGCAGGUCUGGACCCUGCUGGGCCCUGGAGGCCCCUGGACGAGGAUGGAAAGACCUCCACCACCUCCGCCUCCACGCCCUCCUCCUCCGCCUUGUCUUCGUCUGGCCGGGCGGUGGAGUCGGUGACGGACUUGGCGGUCAUCGCCCGGGGUCUCGGGGAGGAGGUCCCGGAGGGCUUCACCUGCAUCGAGAGGACGCUGGGCGGACACUCUGCCGAGCUGAGCGCCGGCCUCAUCAACAACCCUCACCUGUACCUGUGCUACCGCCGCGGGCGGGACAAACCGCCCAUCCUGGACCUGGGACGUCUCCUCUAUCCUCACUGCAGAC